AUAUCCAAUCUUAUUAAAAUAAGUUCACAUCACUUGCUCCUCGAUUUUUUAUAUGUCGCCGUGUGAGAUCUUAAUACACCCGAUUGAUAACCCUGUCUAAGGUCAAAUUUGCUGUAGCCAAUCAACGACGCGGCUUCAAAAUCUUUGGGUAUUGAACAGGCAUAGACGUUAUCGUGGCGUCUAGAGUUGUUCCGAAUGUAAAAUAACAAAUAUGGCAGCCUCCAUGCGAUGUUCAUUUCAUGAACUAAAUCGUCAAAAUUUAUUGAAUUAACACACUACCAAAUAAUUUAAAUGGCGUCGUGUCAAUUAAAUACGCCGAGAAAGAUAUGUAUGAGGUCAAACAGUUGUGUAUUGUGUGGAUUUUCGUUCAUAAACAUUGAAAUUUUGCCAACGGGAGAGCGGGUUGAAAAAAAACUCUUCAAACAAAAACUGAAAUUGACCCCCGACAGAGUAUCUCAAAUUACAACUGUUGUUACUUGUUUCAAAGUUAAUGCAGACUUAGACAAAGACAAUGGUGUCUGCAUGAAAUGCUUCCGAAAAGUAGAGCAGUCAAUAAAACUGCAAAAAGAUUCAUUGAAAAUGCAGGUUGAGUUGUCAGCUUCACGUUUAAAAGUGCAACAGAGUGUGCUUAAUUUACCCUCACCUAACAAAUUUAACAUUGAGAAACGGAUGUUAAGAUCCCCAUCAACAGCACAAGUUUCAAAACAAAUUAAAACAUUACCAACAAGUCCGUCUGUUAAGACGUUGUGUAAUGUCCCAAGUUUCCAAUCAAUUGUGAUCAAGGCAACCAGUGGAGAACAAUUAGUAGCAAUAGCUCCAAUGCCAGCUCCAAUGCUGCAGAAACAGUUAAUACAAGGAAUUACUCCUUUGCCAAUGCUUGAUCAACAAACACAGUUAUCAGACAAUUCAGGUUAAAUUGUUAAAAUUCAUGAUCAUUUAAAUAGUUGAGUUUAUAUUUGGACCUAUACUUGAUAAGAAGAUCACAGUGUACCAUGCAAGUGGUAAAAAGACUUUUCUGGUCCAGAAUGAAACAAACCAGAAAAUAUGCAAGGCUAUUAUGCGUAGCAGCAACAGUGACAAAUUAAUAGUAGAUGCUAUCUGUAAAACAAAUCCGUUAGAGGUAGUUAAUGGAUGUAGGAGAAUUAUAGAGGAGGAAAGUGCAUGUAUUUCAAAAAGAGGUUCAGGGACAGUAUUACAAAAAAAAGACUACACCAACUUCUUUAACUUUAACUGGGAUGAUUUCAACGAUGAACUCAAAGCAAAAUAUCCAGCACUUUUGUCAAUAGUAAAUUCAAUGGUAUCAAAUGUGCCAAUUACUGUACUUGGUAAACCAUUUCUUCAUGUAUUGAUGACUUCGGCAAUUGGUCUACAUGGCAGAAACCAGGAGAUGUCAAUGGUACAAUUCAUGACAGGAUUUUUGUUGACUCAUGGUGGAUGUACACAAAGGAACAUUGAAAGGCUAUCGCAUCUUGGAUUAAGUGUGCAUCCUGUUACUAUACACAGAAAGUUAGCAGAAUGGCAAAAGUUUUUAGACAAAACCAUACUUAGCAUAAAAGAAGAAUGGGAAAAAGGUGGUCGUCAGAAAUAUCAACUUAUUGGGGACAACUGGGACAAAAAUAUACUUCCUUCUUACAGGACAUCUGAUCGGAAAACAGUUUCUGUACAUUUGUUCAAUAUUUAUGCAAUAGUAGACAGAAUUCUGCCAGUGCCUAUGGUAAGGGAAGAAUUUGCACAUCAAGAUCUGCCGGUAAUAGAUUUUCUACCAUCUAUUGAAGACCAAACAAAGCUGCGGAAGGAGUUGAAUUUUAUAAUCUCAACAUCUAUUGUCAAUUGCCACCCACAUAUGCAAAAGAUGUUCCAUAAUAUUCUCCCAAAACACUUGGAGCAUAGAUAUACAGAAUAUGCAGGAGUCAAGACUAGACAAUUUCCAUUUGGACUGUAUGACUGUAAUGAAAAUAAAACCCCUGAGUUAAUAAAAUUGAUGAAAGAACUCUCAAAGCAAUAUGUUCCAUGUGCAAAUGGAGAAAUUGUAGAACCAGUUUUCUUUGGAGGAGACAGACUUACUGAUGAGAGAAUGCAAUCUGCUCAAAAUGCAAUGGCAAAUGGUCACACUGCUAUGGAAAGACUUGAAGGCUUCAUUUCAAAAAUUGAAGAUUUUCACAGAUUGAUGAACUUUUUGCAGGCAAUCCACAAAAUGACAUACUCAACAGAGAGUGUUGCGGAUAAGUGCAGUGUAUACUAUUAUCGUAACUUACUUAAUAUGAGGAAUGUUAAGGGGAAAGUUUGCAAUUCAUAUCGUGCUUACAAAAUGUUGUAUUAUGCCAUUCUUGAUGCAAUAAUUUUGAACAUGUUUUUGCGUCAUUUGAAUUUGGAGGAUGUUGAUCAGGAGAUCAAAAUACCAUUUGCAACUAUGAACAACGAGGAAAAACUAUCUUGGUUAUAUGAUGUCAGCAACUCAAUAGUAGAAGAAUGGUUUUUUUGUGGUCAAUCAGAUAUUUUUAUAAAGUGUAAAGACGUAGUAGGAGAUCCAGAACACCCUGACAACUACUGGGUAUCGACAUUGGAAGAUGGCCGUGUAAUGUGUCACUUUUGUGACAAGACAUACGCCUAUACAGGGUCUUUGAAAUCACAUGAAGCUAAAUGUCACAAUGUCAAAAUUGGAAUGUCUAAGAAAAGUAAAAAAGAAAAAAAAAAAGAUGAACUGCAGAAUCAUAUUGUAAUGCUUUUCAAACUUAUUCUGUUACAUAAGAAUCUAGACACUGCAGUAGAUAUGGGAGAUGGGGAACGAGUUGUACGUUCAGCUAAAUAUGAACUGCCAAUAUAUAAUCUUACAAACAAAACAAAAUAUCUCAUUGGUUCUGUCCAUCUUACUGCACUAACUUCAGGUUUGUUACCAGCAGAACAAUCAGAAAGAUUAAUUUCCAAUAGAUUUGUAAAUCUACAAGGUGGAUCAAACAACAACAUAAGCCUGGAUGAAUAUCUAGAGAUGCUGAACAGAGACACUAAAGUAACAUGUUCAGCACAUCAGACAAAGGAGAGUAUUCUUCAACACUCCAAAGAAUAUCCACACUUAGUAAAUUUUGUAAAUCAUUUCGAUAACAUUACUCAUCUUACGGGGAAAAAAGGUUUUCAUCACAUACCAACAUACCAGGCAGAUGUACAAAAAAUUACAAAAGACUUAAUGCAAGAAAAUGUUUUAUCAUAUAAAACAGCAAGAACAAUGCAGUGCAAGGACCUCAUAAAAGACAGAAAUCCAUUUGACAAUGCAUAUUUUGGACUUCGUACUAUGAUUCAUCGCCAUCAACCAACAGUCCCUUUCCACCGCCUUCGUAACACACAUAUUUGAACUUAAUUAAAAAAUCUGCUUCAAUGUAUAAUCUAAUUGCUUUAAGUUUCAUUUGUUCAAACUGAAAACAUAUUUGUUCUGUUUUUUUCAGUGACCACUUUCAACUUCUGAUGAAUUCAUUAAAUGAUUGUCCUGAAUUUGCAUGAGAUGUUUGCUUAUGAAUGUUCAGCGAAGAAUGAACAAUGCAUGCUCUCUGGUUACAAGUAAAUGAGUUGAAAUAUCCAAACAUGCCAUAUUAAAGAUAUGAUUGUUAGUAAGACAAUAACCCAAAAGAGACCAUGAAUAAACAAUACUGCAUUCAACAAUGACCAUAAAUAGGUAACAAUACUGCCUUCAACAAUGACCAAAACUGGAAGAUUUCAAUAAGAAAAUCAUGUCAGUAUUAUUGCUUUACUAAAGUUUCUGAAUAUAAAAUGCAUUUGAUGUAUAUUUUUUUUUGGUCCAGCUCACUUAUACAAUGCCAUACAUUUAUGUAGUCUAUGUGCCUUUGGUGUGUCCAAUUGUUCUUUUGUCCGGCCCGCCAAACCAGGACAAGGUUAAAGUUUUUUUGUUAAUUUAGUUAAA